AUGAGGGAAGUCAACUUCAGCAUCCCGAAUGUCAACAAGGCCUCAGUCGGCAUCACGACUGCCCUGUAUGAUCGCCGUGCCCUCGACUGCACUUCAACCUUACCUCUCAUCAAUUCCCUGAACCACCUCGCAUACCUCACGACCUCAUCAGCACGCAUCAGAGACAUCCUUACCGUCGAUGGCGGCGUCGAGAGACUGGUCUGCCUCCUCAAGGCAGGCCGAAGCAAAGACAUGAUGGAUAUGUGGAAAUGGAAUCUCGGUUUCCAGUGUGUUGUUAAUAUCGGCGUCCGAGGCUCUGAACCAGUCCGGACUAGGGUGGUAGAGGCCGACAUGGUCCCAGUUAUCGCUACAAUUCUCGACAACUACAUAAAGGUCGUAGACCGGUGCCGAGAGAAGGCGGAGGAAGCGAAACAGAAGGCUAUCCAAGAACAAGGAUCGAGUGGAAGGCAUGGCAGCCGAUCGUCGCAGAAAGUGACGUCGUUUGGAAACCGAUCUGGCCGCGUGGACGCAGAGAAUCGCACAUUUAGACGCCAAGCUCCUCCUCCAUCCAUCGAAAUUCCAGCAUCAUCCGCCAAUGCCCCGGCGUCGGCAGAUUUCGCUGCCACGGAUGCAACACCAACAAACGCUGCUUUCUCCCUCACAUCUCCCGAGCGGACAACGUUCGCUGGCAGCCACCAUCACCACCAUCACCACCAUCGCCAUCAUCACAGAAACCAAGACCCCCGACAUACCCCCCACUUUGCUCCACCAUCCCGCCAUCAAAUCCAGCCUCUGGCCACGGCCAUCCCGUCGAUGGAUGCAACCGACGGGUUCAACAUCAGACCUGCUCGCGAUGUCGAAAGGCUGCCUUCUAUGGUUCCAUACCACCACAGUGGAUUGACUUCGCAGCCCGACUCCCCGACUACGCCACUUCCUCCCACACAACUGCGAUCACCUACAACACGUCCCGUACCCGCGUCCAACCCAACUGCACGGGCUCGGAGGAGGCCAUCUAUCCGACAUCAAACUUCGAUGGGUGGUGAACAAGAGGAUCCGAAUGGCGAUAGCAUGGUCUCCGAUGAGUCUGGGGAGCCGGAUAUCGCUACCGCAAGCACAGAUAUCCAGACGUCGGUCGGAAUUCAGGACAUUAGCAUGGAUGAUGAAGGCGAUAGUAUGAUCACGGCUGUGGAGACUCCUCUGGGCCUAACCACACCCACUGUAUCGGAAGCUCAGGAUGCAGGCACAUUCAACAUCACACACCGAUCAGCAAUUGACGGAAGUCUGAUCGCCGAUGCCACAACCCCAACAGGACCACCAAUGGGCCUCUCCCCAGCCCAGACAAAUAUGGCCAACAACUCACCCGCCAUCAUGAUUACGACUAUCCCAAGAUACUUGCUGGAUCGGCCCACUCCAGCAAACGCACAAGUCCUUGCGGCUAUGCCACGCGACGAAGACGUUCUCAUGUCUUUGCAGCUCCUCGCAUAUGUUUCUAAGUACUGCAACCUCCGAAAGUAUUUCCAACGGUCGCAUCUCGUUCCAAAGCUCAAGAUCGGCAAGGAGCUUCAUCUUCUGGAUCAAGAUGACAGCAGCUGCCACGCACAAGCUGAGGACGGUUGUGAGAGUGACGAGGAGGAGGAGUACCUCUUGCCUGACGAUUUCAAUAUAUUCCCCCUCGUCGAGAAGUUUACCGUGCGUCACCACAGCCAGGAUAUGCAAUACUGGGCUGGCGUGGUUAUGCGCAACUUGUGCCGCAAGGACGACACAAGGGGAGGGAUCAGACAAUGUGCAUACUACCAAUGCGGCAAGUGGGAAGAGUUUACACGGCAGUUUGCCAAGUGUCGACGAUGCCGCCGUACAAAGUACUGCAGCAAAGAAUGCCAAAAGAGCGCAUGGGUUUACCAUCGCCAUUGGUGCGUCGAGGCGUCUCAAUGA